UUCAGGCCAUAGACAUAUUUGACUUCCUCAAGCUUUCACAAACGAAACAUUUGUGUUCAGCAAUUUCGUUUCUUUUGUUUUCUCAGAAUCGCUUUGCUGAUCGAUCGGUUUUUUUAGACGAAGAAAAUGAUGGUUAUCCGAAAGAUCUUUCUGGCAGCGUUCCUUGAGGUGCUGUUAGAGAAGUUGGAGUCUGGUGUUUUGGAGAAGUUUGCACGUCAAGAAGGACUUGGUGCUGAGUUGAACAAGUUGAGCGAGACGCUGCGCAUCAUUCAAGCCAUGAUCGGUGACGCCGAGGAGAAGCAGAUAUCAGACGGAGCUGUGAAGAAGUGGCUGGAGGAUCUCAACGACCUGGCUUACCAUUUGGAUGAUUUGCUAGACGAGUUUGCCACCGAAGCUUUGCGACGCAAGUUGAUGAACAAGGAACCAGCUCAUGCUAGCACCAGCAAGGUAUGGAAAGUACUCAUCCCUACUUGUUGUACUAGCUUCCCUACUCCUAGUGCUUUUAUGUUUGAUCGUCGUAUGAGGUCCACGAUAGAGGUCAUCACUGCCAGGUUACAAGAGAUUGUAAAACAAAAAAAUGACAUGGGUUUGAAAGAAGUUACUGGAGGGAGCAGAGUAAGAGAAAGAUUGCCCACCACUACUUCUUUGGUCGACAAAGCUCGUGUUUAUGGCAGAGAAAAUGAUAAAAGUGCAAUAGUUGAGUUGUUGCAGAGGAGGGGUGGAAGUACUAGUGAUGAGACCGUCUCUGUCAUUCCCAUUGUGGGCAUGGGAGGUGUUGGUAAAACCACUCUCGCUCAACUCGUCUAUGAUGAUGACACUAUGAAGGAUCUCUUUGAUAUGAAGGCAUGGGUUUGCGUUUCUGAUGAUUUUGAUGUUUUUGGGGUGACCAAGACAAUUUUUGAAAAGCUCACUGACCAAAUCUAUGACUUCAAGGAUGUAGACAAACUUCAAGUAAAACUAAAGGAAAUACUGUCAGGGAAGAAGUUCUUUUUUGUUUUGGAUGAUAUUUGGAAUGAGAAUCUUCAACAGUGGGACCUCCUACGUCGCCCUUUUCUGGCUGGGGCACCGGGAAGCAAAAUUAUUUGUACCACUCGCAAUGAAGGGGUAGCUAAAGUGAUGAGUUCUAUUCCGGCUGUUCCAACUUACCGUCUACGGAAGUUAUCUCAUGAUGAAUGUCGAUCUUUGUUUGCUCAGUAUGCACUUGGAAGUAUAAAUUUUGAUGCACAUCUGAAUUUGAAAGAAGUUGGUGACAACAUAGUGAAAAAAUGUAAUGGCUUGCCUUUGGCAGCAAUGACGCUCGGAGGUAUCUUACGCAAUGAACUCGCCGAGAAAAAGUGGGAGGCUAUAUUGCAUAGCGAGAUAUGGGAGCUGCCACGAGGAAAAAGUAAUAUUCUCCCAGCUCUUAGACCGAGCUACUUUCAUCUCCCUGCCCACUUGAAGCAGUGUUUUGCAUACUGCUCAAUAUUUUCGAAAGACUAUGAAGUUGACAAAGAUGAGUUGAUCUCGGUAUGGAUGGCAACAGGUCUUUUGCAGCUAAAUGAAGAAAAGAUGGGUUUGGAAGAUUUUGGCAAAGAAUGCUUUGAUGAUUUACUGUGAAGGUCAUUUUUUCAGCGAUCAAGUGAUAACAAGGAGAGAUUUGUGAUGCAUGACCUCAUGAAUGAUUUGGCUCAAUUUGUUGCUGGAGAAAUAUGUUUCAGGGCAAAUGAUAAUUUUGAUGGUAAUGAGCAAUCUACAAUUUCUAAACGGACUCGGCACUUGUCUUACACAAGUCAAAGGUAUGAAGUCUUCCAGAAGUUCAAGAGUCUUUAUGAGGUGCAACGUCUGCGUACUUUCUUACCAUUACCAAUUCACGAAGUGUCUACCUGGCCAAAAUAUCACUACUUAAGCAACAGGAUCCUGUUUGACUUAUUGCCUAAAUUACAUUGCUUAAGGGUAUUGUCUUUGUCAGGUUACAAAAUAAGCGAGUUACCAAAUUCCGUUUGCAACUUGAAGCAUUUACGAUAUCUCAAUUUAUCUUAUACUUCAAUCCAACGGUUGUCUGAAUCAUUGGGCGUUGUCGAAGAUUAUUGUGGGAAAAAGCAACGGGUCAAGACUAACGGAGUUGAAGCAUCUAU